AUGACGAAUUAUACAGAUUUAAAUCAAACCAUACUUUCUUCUAUACAAUCAGGUGAUGAACAAUCAUCAGAUGAUGAAAUCAAAACUCUUUAUAGUUCAUCAGCAGAGAAUGCUGAUGCUGAUAUUGAUACAACAUUAGCAUCACCACGUUAUAUAUCAACAAAUGUUCAAGCAGUUUAUAAUGAACUAUUAUUAAUUCGUCAACGUUUAUCAGAAGAAAAUGAACGUUUAAAAAAGAAAUCUGAUUUAUUAAAUCAAUGGGAAGAGCGUAUGCGUGAAACCAUAGAACAUGGUUGGCAAGCACACAAAGAAAAAUUUGAUAGUGAAAUAAAUGUUUAUAAAGAAAAAUUAAAUCAAAUAACAAAAGAUUUUAAACGAACAAAUGAAACAUUACAAUUAAUGCGUGAACAAAAUAAUGAAUUAAAACGUAAUUUAAAUGAUUUACGUGAAACAAAUGAAAAAUUAGUUGAAAAAGCAAAACAAUCAGAAAAACGUUCAGAAAAUUUAAUACGUUUAAAUCAAAUUUCAGAACAAAAAAUUAAAGAAUUAGAAAAAAUUAUUGAAAUGAAUAAAAAAAUUUCUUUAAAUAAUCAACAUGAAGAAUCUACAAAAUCAAUUGAAAAUAAUAAUUGUUAUCGUAAUACGCCGAUUAGUGAUCAUUGUUCUGAAUAUCAUUCAUCAGCAAAUUCUCCUACUACAGCAUCAAAAACGCCUAGUAUUGCUUCAACAGAUUCUAUGAUCUUUUUAUUUAAUUGGUUAUCUGAUAUAAGUCAAACAUCAAUAAUAGAAUGGCCAUCGUCUUCUUCAUUAACAUCAGAUACAAUUGAACGAUAUUCAAAAUUAUUAAGUAUUCUAGCUGAUCAAUCGUCGUUUUGUUUGAAUAGAAAUUACUCAAAUUUAAUACUUACUUAUCUUAAAUUAGUUUAUUUUUCAUUAAUAACUAUUGAAUGUCCAACAACAAGUGGACAAACACGUCAUCUAUAUUCGUGUUCUUAUCGAAGAUUAUGUGAGCAAAUUCUUAAAUGUGAAAAAAACCAAGAACGUCCACAUCUUUUCGAUGAUAAUGAGCCAUUGAUUCGACUUUAUGCUUGCUUAAUUGUUUUAUUAACAUGUAAUAAAAUAAUUGAUCUUAUUGCAUGUUACAAUCAACUUCGAUUAGAUCUUAAUUCAAAAGCAUUUAUUGAUCUUUUUGUUACAAAUUUUGGUAUUAUUGCACUUUAUCGAUGGUUAAAACCUCCAUCACAUCACAAACGAUUAAUAUUUGAUACAAUUGAUCUACUUCUACUCCUUUGUACUGAUUCAAAAUCACUUCGUACAUUUUUAAAACAAUUAAGUAAUGAUACAUGGUUUCAUUUAUUUUAUCAAUUAACACAACAAUGCAAUGAUGGUCUUGGUUCAUCAACAAAUUCAAGCAAUAUACAUCUUCCACUUACACCAACAUUUGAUUUAAAAACAAUGGAAAAAUUAGGAAUUCUAUUUGAAAAACUUUCAGAAUUAACAGAAAAUCGUCGAUUAUUUUCUAAAUAUAAUUUUUUGUAUAUAUUUAAAGAAUGGAAACAAAAAUUUGUUAACGAUAGUCCUUUUCUUGUACUUAAUAUGAAAUCAACAUUAUUAAAUUUAGAACAAUAA